UUUUUUUGUCGGAAAUCUGUCGGAAUAACCUAUUUUUGACGAAAUAGUUGGUAGGAAACAAGCUGUUUUCUUGUAGUGCAUGGUUAAUUAGAAGCAUUUAGUUUCUACUUUUGGGUGGAUGCUCUCACUUUCAAUAUUGACCAGGAUCAAGUAGAAACCAUAGAAAAUUUCACCUCAUGGGUUGUUGUUUUUUUUUUUAUUUCCACAAACAAACACCAUCACGUUUCUGUAUGAAUCAUUGCUUAUCUCUUUAUAUACUACAUAUAGUAUUUCGGCUUAUAUCAUCAAUGUGGGACUGAAAAAAAACCGUUGAAACAGAAAAUGGCGCGCGUGGGAGAGAGACAAUCAGAGAACGAUUACAAAUGGAUGUUCCAGACACUCGGUGAGAUUUGCUAUGUUAAGGAUGUAACAGAGAAUGGAUGUUGGUAUUGACUAUUGAGGAAAAAGCUGUACAAGGAAGAGAGAGAGAGAGAACCCAUUUUUGAAACAAACCUUAUUUAGAAACAAGAGAGAGAGAGAGAGAGAGUAGCAAGGCGAAGACGAAGACGAGGAAAGAAGGUAGACCACCGGCGGCAGCGAUUUGAAAUCUCCGGUUUCGUUCGCUGGCCGCGAAAACAACGACACGCGCAAGGAGAAAAUGGUGAUUAUGUCGUUGAGGUCUGAGGCUUGAGUAAAAAAAGAAGAAGAAGAUUGCAAUGGCGGGGAAGAAAAGAGGUCAUGUCCACAAUGCUCCUUCCAACGACGAGACUAUGUUUCCUUCUCAGGAUUCUAAACCCAAGAGGAUCUACCAACUCUGGCCCGGCAACAAUAGAUUUUGUUGCGGAGGGAGACUAGUCUUUGGUCCAGAUGCAUCUUCACUUCUUCUCACCACAUCUAUGAUUGGAGCUCCUGCUCUCACUUUCUCCAUCCGAAUGGCUUUCAUGAUCACAAAGAGCUUUCCUUUGUUCCACUCUCUUAUACUAAUGGGUUCCCUUUUGCUCACUGUCUUGGACUUCACAUUCCUCUUCUUAACUUCAUCAAGAGACCCCGGGAUCAUCCCAAGGAACAAAGAAGCACCUGAAUCAGAACCUCUUGACAUUCUCAGUAACACAAAGUUUCCUAGAACCAAGGAUGUACUGGUGAAUGGCUACACAGUCAAAGUCAAAUUCUGUGAGACUUGUUUGCUUUACCGUCCUCCACGCGCCUCUCACUGCUCAAUUUGCAACAACUGUGUUCAAAGAUUUGAUCAUCACUGUCCAUGGGUGGGACAAUGCAUCGCUCUAAGAAACUAUCCAUACUUCAUUUGUUUUAUAUCAACUUCAACGCUACUAUGCUUGUACGUCUUUGUCUUCUCGUGGGUUAGCAUGCUCGAGGUACACGGCAAGAUGUUGUUAGUGGUCAUCAUGGAUGAUAUAAUAUUUAUUGUUCUCAUCAUAUACUGCUUCAUCGUUGUCUGGUUUGUUGGUGGGCUCACUGUUUUUCACCUCUAUCUUAUCUGCACCAAUCAGACAACUUAUGAGAAAUUUCGGUACCGAUAUGACAAGAAAGAGAACCCUUACGGAAAGGGUCUGUUCAAGAACCUGUUUGAGGUGUUUUUUUCAAGGAUUCCACCUCCUAUGAUUAAUUUUAGAGACUGGGCUCAAGAGGAACCUGAUGUGGAGGUUGGAUCCAUUGCAUCUGAGCUAGACAGAGCCUUUGGACCAAGGGGAGAUAGAUAUGAUACGGAAAUGGAAAUAGGCGAUUUGCGUCUCAAGACACUGGAGUAUGAUAACAAGAACAACAACAUUGAAGAAACUGCCAAGAAGAAAAGGGACAGUGUUGAUGUGAGAUCGAGAUAGGACAAAAUGCUUGAUAACUUGUUGUAAAAUACUCUUAAUUCUAAAGCCAUACACUUUUGUCUUCAACGAGUAUACUUUCAGGUUCAGAGAAAAAUGUAGGAAAAGAAUCAAAUAUAUAGUCUAAUGUAGUCACUGCAUGGUCGUUUCUUGCUUUACACGGUUCUUCAAUACA